AUGAUGCUAUCAGGAAAUCCAUAUAGAGGAUGUACAUGGGAUUUGUCUGGGAAUUGGCAAUUAUACACAGGCGAAGAAUCAGCUCGAGUGCAACCAAUAAUAAGCCUACUAACAAAUGAAGAAUUUUUAUUUCGUUUUGAUAGGACAGAUGCAGUUUUAGCAACAAAGUACCUAACAGGAUCCAUAUUUACAGUAAAUGGAAUUACAAAUACAGCUGCAGGAUUAUUUUCAAGAGUAUUUUUAGAUGCAAAUGAUAAUACAGCUGUAAUAUUGGAAAAUGCAGAAGGAUUUGUGGACCAACAUGGAAGGACGAUGACAUUGAGAACACGUUGGGCUGAUACUACACUAAGUAAAUCCUCUUAUUCAUGGAUGUAUGAUAAGCAUGAUUUAAGUGGUGAGUGGCAACGGCCAGAUGGUAUCAAAGUACAUUUAAAUUAUUUAGUUAAACCUAUUAAUUGGCCAGUGAAAUCAACAAUAUAUAAGUGGUUAAGAGCAUAUUGGUUUGAUGAUGCAUCGCUAAUAUCCCCUAUAAGAUUGUGUACAACUUUAUUUUUAGAUAAAACAUACAAGGAAGAAAAAUACUCAAUGCAAACAUCGGCAAGAUUUGUUCAGCUAGGCUUUUAUGGUGCUCUUCGUUUUGGAUCAAACAGGAUUGAUAUAUAUUCACCUGCAAAUGGAUAUCAGAUAUUGUCAUUAAGAAAAGUUGGUAUAAAUUUACCUCCAUAUGUACCAUUUAGUUUAGGUAAUAUUAUAAAGCCUGAAAGUGAGUAUUUUGAUAGUACAAAGGUGGAGUCGAUCACUAAUGAUAUAUAUUCACCACAACAAGGAUAUUAUGGAAGAUUACUAUAUGAAGGUAAUUAUUCACAAGGUAUUUUAAAUAAAGAAUUAGAUGUAGCAAACAAUAAUGUAUUUAAUAAAACAGUAAAUGGAGCGGAAAUUAAAAAGGUAGCGGAUGUACUUUGCAAUGUUAGGAGAAUUAAUUAA